AUGCGCUUCCUCCCCAAAGUGCAUAAAUGGAACUCAUCUCGAGCGAGGCCGAAAGUUAUGCCCUUGAGUGCCCUUGUGAUUGUAAUUUGUAUGUUUAAGCACAAAAGCGCCCAAGAAGCACAUGUCGUUGUACCAAAAAACCACCACCGUUUUGCAACUUACUACUAUAUUGCACGUCAUUAUAAGCUCGCUCUAGAGCAUGUGUUUGAUACUCUUGGACAUAACAGUGCUAUUUUGUUAGAAGAUGAUCUUGAUAUCGCAGUCGACUUUUUCGAGUAUUUCCUAGCAACCCGGUAUUUACUGGACGAGGAUCCCACGCUUUUUUGUGUUUCUGCAUGGAACGAUAAUGGAAAGGUUGAGAACAUAGAUGCGCAAGCGAGUUCGUUGCUUUACCGUACUGAUUUCUUCCCUGGUUUGGGUUGGAUGAUGACAAGCCAGCUGUGGAAAGAAAUUCAACCCAAAUGGCCUAAUGGAUUCUGGGACGACUGGCUGAGGGAACCCGAGAAUCGCAAAGGCCGCCAGUGCAUUCGACCAGAGAUUAGCCGAACGGGUAUGACACCUUCAGGGAAGAAAGGGGCCAGCAAAGGACUCUUCUUCGACAAACAUUUAGCGAAAGUGGUACUCAACGUUGCCAAUGUUCCGUUCACUACUAUGAAUCUUGAUUAUCUUCUCAAUGUUUGUCAUGAUUUCUCAGAGUUUUUUCAUAGAUGCCUGCUAGCCCCAAUCUUUUCAGCCGGCCUGCUUCCCAUGACCAUACGGGUUGUGAAGGAGAGGCUUAUGGAAAGGUUCUUGAGUUAG